CUCCAUAUGAUUUGAAAGUUUUUUUGAAAUGUCAAGAAAUUCACCUAUUUAUUGGGUUUUUACAGGCUUGUUAGCCUUACAAACGUUCCAAAUAGCUGAAAGUUUUAUUUCCAUACAAGACAAUGGCCAAAACAUUACAACAACUGCUCCAGAGCCAACAAAAGGGACUCCCGGUGAAAAAAUCCCAACAUAUUGGGGCUACAUUGCAGCUGGCAUCGCUGUCCUUUUCUUUGGUAGCAAUUUUGCUCCAAUUAAAAAGUUCGAAACUGGUGAUGGGAUAUUUUUCCAAUGGAUAUUGUGCAGUGCCAUUUGGAUCACUGGCCUUGUUGUAAAUGUAAUUCAGAAUUUCCCAACCUUCUAUCCACUUGCUAUGCUGGGCGGGUUCCUCUGGGCCACAGGUAACAUUUGUGUGGUGCCAAUCAUCAAAACAAUAGGACUUGGGUUGGGACUCCUUAUCUGGGGUUCCUUCAACCUCCUAUCUGGCUGGGCAAGUGGAAGAUUUGGUUGGUUUGGCUUAAAGCCAGAGAAUCACCUCAACCCAGUGCUUAAUGAUAUAGGUGUCACUCUUGCAGCCCUCAGUGCCAUCAUCUAUUUAUUUGUAAAGACAGAAAUUAGAGGUGUAUCUGAAGACCUCACUCCAGUAUAUCCUAGCGAAGAGGAACCACUUAUUCCCAAAGCUGUCAACUCUGAUGAUGUCAAGGUGAUACAAAAACAGAACUUUGUGGACACUCUAUCCCCCAAGGCAAAACGCAUAUUAGGAUGCUCUUUGUCCGCUAUAUCUGGAAUCUUCUAUGGAGUUAACUUUGUUCCUGUUAUCUACAUACAAGACAACUAUGAGAAUGGCCAUGCUAGUAAAAAUGGGCUAGACUACAUAUUUAGUCACUUCUGUGGAAUAUAUCUAACCAGUACCUGUAUUUUCACUGCCUACUGUAUGGCAAAACGCAACAAACCUGAUGUUUAUCCCAAGGCAAUUCUCCCGGGAUUUGUCUCAGGUGUUAUGUGGGCAGUGGCACAAAGUAGUUGGUUUGUUGCAAAUGCAACACUCUCUGAACCAGUCAGUUUUCCUAUAAUAACUACGGGACCUGGUAUAGUUGCAGCAUUAUGGGGUGUGUUUGUAUUCAAGGAGAUCAGGGGUUUCAAAAACCUUGCAAUAUUAUGUCUAGCAUUUGCGGUCACAAUAAGCGGGGCAGUUAUCUCCGGGGUUUCCAAACUGGGAGACAACCAAACUGGUAACAGCACCACGACCAUGAUGCCAACAACGAUGCAUCCUACGACGAUGCAUCCCACAACAAUCCAUCCUACUACCGCAAUGCAUAAUGCCACAACAAUGCAUAAUGUCACUACAAUGCAUCCGACAACAGAGCAUAAUACUACAAUGAUGAAUAUAAUCACAACAGGCAAACCUUGAACAAAUGUGAAAAAUCUUGAAGAAAUAUUUUCUCGAUAAAAGAAACCAAAUUGCGGAAACAUGCUCAAAAUUAUUUCUGAAUAAUUACUGACAUUCCAGUUUGAAAAAUUAUUUUCUCAGGAUGAUUAGAUUAGCAAGUAUUUCCGACCAAUAGAAUUUUACAUAGAUUUCCACUUGUGUGCUAAAAAAUAUGUUUACACAUUACAUGACGAUAUGACCUAUAGAUUGUGCAAUAUGUAGAUAAUAACUAACAUAUCACUAUUACAUACUGACAUAAAGGACAUAGUAUAUUGACAUGGGCGUAACAAUUGGUACGCUGGGUACGCACAGGC